GGCAUCUCCGUUCCUGAAUGGGAAAUACACUGGUCGGAACAGUGGGUUGCUGGAACAGACAGAACCCACCACCUCGGGCAAAUGCCGCAACGGAGGGGCUGUGAUUGGCCUUGUGUGGCUCAGCUUGAUUCAUCGUUUGAAUGGAUAUACCACCGAUGGACGUUUCGUCCAACAAUCUAUGUACAACGGCGAUACCGUUGCAGACCACGUCAAUUUUGUAGGCGAGAAAGGGUGUCUUCAGAGGACACACGACACGUUCUUCCAUUAUUUUCCGUGGUCAUGUGUGGCAGCCGUUAUAUCCGAUGGUGGCUUGUUUUGUCGGACCGGACCGAAAGUCAAGUGUAACUACUUCGGUAUGCUCAGAGUUGCGAGAACGGAAGCAAUAGCGAGAUAAUCC